AUGGACGCGCUUCAAGCCACAACUCAUCAUACUUAUACUGAGAAUGGUGCCCCUGCUUUGUCUUCCACCGGUUCUCCAACCGUUGAUGCGUUCUCCGGCUUGAACUCGUAUAGUAACGCGAAAAACCUGGACGUACUCUUGACAAAAUCUUGGCAAGAGGAUCCUGGCUUGACGCUGCGGCUGAUAUGGCAAUUACGAAGCAUUCACGAUGGAAAGUCGCAAAAGGAAGGGUUCUACAGAGCGUUUGGUUGGCUUUACAAAAAGCAUCCUCGUACGGCCAUCGCGAAUUUGCACAUGCUCGUUCGUCCUGUUUGUUCGAACAAAAAGCGGCCGGAAUUUUCUUUAUCUCAUGGGUAUUGGAAAGACCUGCUCAAUAUUUUGGCCCUCGCAACCACUGGUGAGCUCGAUGCUAUGAAUGCCACCUUUCUCCAUCAUCCCCGUAACCCAUACACAUAUCCCCGAGACAAACCCAAAGAGAAACUCACUUCAGAGGCUCACGAACGUCGCAAUGCUGAAGCACAGGCUCGUGCUAAGGCUAGACGUACUAGUGUCGGCGAAGAGAGAUAUGGAAUUCUCAAACGACGAUUGGAAGAUCCGAACUAUCGCGCUCUCUAUGUCAUGGUGACUCGACUUUUCGUGGAACAAUUGAUCAAGGAUAUGCGAGUUGUUCGUGAACUUCAGCAGCUUCCACCCAACGAGAAUCGUAUCCCGUUGCUCAAAAAGCUUUCUCUCGCUGCAAAAUGGGCCCCAUCCUCUGGCGCAUCUCAUGACCGUGUAACCAAUAUAUCCACCGCAAUCGCACUGCUCUUGCACCAUUCACGUUCGCAAAUAUCCCAACCGUUUCCUUCCGCUCUCUCCACCUUCGAUACCGCCCAACUUGCCAAUCCGGAGCUUGCCACUGAUCAAUACACGAUACUUCGCUCGUAUCUAAAUCGUUGGGUCCUCAUUCCUAUACGCUCCCUUCUCCUGCUUCCUGAGCCGCUCAUGUGUUCCAACCGAUGGUCUGAAAUCCGUUACAAUCGUGUAGCCUCUGUGUGUAUGAAGAACAAUACUGAGCACUUCUUUCAACACGAUCCAGACCGAUUCCAACAAUAUUUAAUAGAUGUUGAAAGCGGGAAGAAGACAAUCAGUGGUGCGACGCUACUUCCUCACCAGAUUGUCACUGAGGUUGCAAAAAUCAAUACGAUCCUACAUAAUACGCGUCCAGAAUCGUUGAGCAAGUAUCCGAAGUUGCAAUUAUUCAAAAAAGAACUUGCCGAGACAAAGCUGCGUGUAUUAGAGGCUCAAUGGAAGUCACUCGUCGAGCGGGUGAAAGAGUCUGGUUCUUUAGAGAAUUCCCUUGCAAUCUGCGAUGUAUCCGGGUCCAUGGGCCCGCUUGCACCGGCAGGAUCUACCUCCCGCGAUCCCUCUCCAAUAGCCCCAGCUAUCUCUCUCUCCCUCCUUCUCGCCCAACUCGCCAAACCUCCCUUCAAUCAGGGCUUUAUCACGUUUUCCGCUUCCCCUAAGUUCGUCACACUUGAUCCCUCCUUAGGACUUGCACGCACGAUCGAAAUCAUGAAAGGUUCCGACUGGGGCAUGAACACUGAUUUCAACGCGGUCUUUCUGAACCUCUUGCUACCGCUUGCUCUGAAGAACAAGAUUCCGAAGGAAGAGAUGAUCAAACAACUCUUUGUGUUUUCUGACAUGCAAUUCGAUGUGGCGCGACACCAAUCGUCCGGAAAUGCAUCAGAGAAAGGCGAUGACUGGAAAACAAAUCACGACCACAUUGCUGAUGCCUACGCGAAGGCGGGAUACGACAUGCCGCGGAUUAUUUACUGGGAUUUGGCUGGGUACGGUACGAGCGAAGUCACGGCUGAGAGGGAAGGGGUAGCGCUGAUGAAUGGCUUUUCGCCUUCGAUGCUGAAGGUGUUCAUGGAUGAAGAGGACGAGCUGGAGGAUGGGUGGGAGAAGGUUGGAAAGACCAAAGAUGAGGUUGAUUCAGAGAAUUUCAACCCGAUGAAUGUCAUGAAGCGAUCAGUUAUGAAGCCAAGUUUCGAUGGCCUUGUGGUUAUUGAUUGA